UCUCAAUCAUCCAGACUAACCAGCGACCAUACUGAGUAGGACAGAUCCAGCUAAUCGGCCAAGCCCGCCCUGCUAGCCCCCACCCAGCCAGCGAGAACGCGAAUCUCCUUGAACGAUGGCCAGCUUCAACAAGGAAGGCUCCCUUCAGCUCGACCCGGCGUCCAUCCUCCCUUCCACCCGCCGGACAGCCUCGAACCUGUCAAACCUGCUUCAACUCACUCUGAACCGUCUACGAAGAAAUCGAUGGAACAUCCUCGCCCUCCCGUUCGUCUGCCUGGUCUUUCUCUGGCUCGUACCCCUGAGCCCGCCGUUGCCUCCGAGUUAUGCAACCGAAUGGGGCGAGGAGAGGUGGUUGCCUCAGAUGGCGUUUGAGGGGAACAUGGAGAGUAAGGAGGAGGGAAGAUUCGUCAACUUUGCACCGAUCAAGGAAGAAGGCUUCAACUACCAGCUUCAAAGCCUCAUAUUACAACAGCACACUGCUUUUCUGUCAAACAGAUCGCUGGCUUACCACCCUUAUCAUGUCCACGACUCCAUCUUCCCUAUAUCGCCCACACACUGGCCCUUGAAAUCGUCUAGGAUCCCAAUGACGGCGUUGAUCUGGUCCGUGUCGAGCGGAUUCGAGGGCAUGUUUGAUCGAAGACGAGGCAUCCCGCUCAAACAUUUCCAGACCGUCUGUGGGGUGCACGAGAUCCAGCGUGUCGAGCUGCACGUGGACAUGGCGCAUGCUGGGGACGAAGGACAGGCCGUGGAGAUGAUGAAGAAUAUGGCGAGAAAAUUGGAGGACGAGAGUCUGGGGAGGUGUGUCGAGGUCUCGGUAAACCCAUUCGAUAGAGGAUUCUUCGAAUCCCAUUUCCCCGAAGCAUUGUUCCCUUCCUUGUCGACAUCCCCGGUGGUCAAGCAGUUUUCGUUCUCCCCUCGGGUCUUUCGGAUAAUCAACCGCUCCUUGGAGCUGUUAUCACCUGGGGCGAAACCGUACGACGAAGAGAUCGAGAUGGUCAAGAAGCCCAGGAGGGCGAAACCUUGGAAGAACCUGUUGGCACUGCAUCUGAGAAAAAGCACGGACUCGGAGUACUGCGCAAGUCUAGGGGAACGAUCCGCCCCGUUCGUGGGGUUCAAUAAGUUGCCCAAACUGCCUGGAAACGAAAACGUCCCGCCACCUAACGGCAUGGUCUCGGCCGCUCGUCAAGGAUUAUACUUAGCAAAGUGCGACCCGCCCAUCCUCGACAUCAUCGCUCGAGCACGUCGGCUUCGAGAUAAUCACCCGACGUUGAGCUCGAUCUAUAUCCUCUCGAACGGGGAUUAUGGUUUUGUCGCCGAGGCGAGAAAGUGGCUAGAAUCCGAUGGUUGGGACAGGGUUCUGACCAGCGCCGAUGUCGCUUACAAGUGGGAAGAUCGAGAGAUUGUAGAGGCCGUCGAUACCGAGAUCGCUCGGCGUUCGGGCGUGUUUGUGGGCAACGGCUUCUCCGCUCUGAGCAGCAACGUCGCUUUGCUGAGAAAUGCUGAUGGCAAACAUACCGAUUUUACGCAGUACUGGUAGCUGUGAUUUAUUGUACCGGGAACAUUGGGAUUUUGGGUCUGUCAUUCACGAGGGUCACAUAGGGCAAGGGCUAUUUGUAUGUUCUAGGUCGUAUGCGUAUAUCGAGGGUGUUUUUCUUUGUGAACCCCUAAGACUUGCAUAAGAUGCGAGAAACUCAGGCGAAAGCAUAUAGAUGAGCUUGCGACCUUGA